AACUAUUUCACUACAGAAUACUACCAAGUAAGCAACUUUUAUGUUUCAAAGUUCAAACAAUGGCAAGAAAUGCAUCAUUCUUGUUUCUAAUGAUGAUGGUUUGUUUGUCGGAGGGAGUUCUUGAUGGCCAUUAUUACUCAAACACAUGUCCCGAUGCAGAAAAAAUCAUCCUCCAAACCGUCUACAAUGCUUCCAUUCAUGACCCCAAAGUCCCUGCUCGUCUUCUCAGGCUCUUCUUCCAUGACUGUUUUAUAAGGGGAUGUGAUGCAUCGGUGUUGAUAGACUCGACGCCGGAGAAUCAGGCAGAGAAAGAUGCACCUCCAAACAUCUCGUUGAGAUCAUUCUAUGUGAUCGACGAGGCCAAAGCCAAGCUUGAAAGUGCAUGCCCACAUACUGUUUCUUGUGCUGAUAUUGUCACCAUCGCUGCUAGAGAUGUAGUAACUUUGUCUGGAGGCCCAUAUUGGAGUGUACUCAAAGGAAGGAAAGAUGGGAAGAUUUCUAAGGCUUCUGAGACUAUCAACUUGCCAGCUCCAACUUUCAAUGUGUCUCAACUCAUCCAGAGCUUUGCAAACAGAGGGUUAGAAGUUAAGGAUUUGGUUGCUCUAUCUGGGGCUCACACACUUGGAUUCUCACACUGUUCUUCCUUUCAAUCUAGACUUCGCAACUUCAGCUCAAUUCAUGAAAUUGAUCCAACUUUGGAAUCUAGGUUUGCCCAAAUUCUAAGAAACAAAUGUCAAAAACCGAAUUUGGACAAAAAUGCUGGACAAUUCUUGGACCCAACUUCCUCAACCUUUGACAAUGUGUAUUACAAGAGACUGUUGGAAGGAAAGGGUGUGUUUGGUUCAGAUCAAGCUUUGUUUGUUGAUUCUAGAACUAGAGGACUUGUUGGGUUGUUUGCUCAAGAUCAGAACUUGUUCUUUAAGGAGUUUGCAGCUUCAAUGGUGAAUUUGGGUAAUCUUGGGGUAAGUCAAAAUGGAAAUGUCAGACUCAAUUGUCGGGUGGUGAACUGAGAGAGAGGGAGAGUUUUUUUUUUUCCACAAAAGUUAUGUGAUGUUGAAUCAUUACUGUUUCAAAUAAAGUGAGAAAGAUGUCUCUUACAUUAAGAAAGUCUUUAUAUAUAGUAUGUCAAAUACUAUAAAUCAUUGUAACAGACGAAUUUGAAGAACAAGAUCACUAAAGAAUACCGUGUUUAACAAUAA